AGUAUGUGAUGUCCUAAUCGGGGUGGGAGCUUCCCGUUUUGAUAAUGUCCAACAUAGCUUCCCUGUACCUUCCUUUCGAGGAGUUCCUCCCCUCAAAGACCAAACCAUCUGUUUCCUUUCUCUCCGUCUAUCCAACUUUUCUCAUCCAAAUAUCCCUUUGCCUAUUAGCAUCCAUCUUUUAACUGGCAUCGCUAUUAGCAUACGCAUUUACCCAGCAUCAGCAAGUUGCCCCUUCGAAUUCUCUGCUACGAACGUCACGCCAAAAUGUGGUUGACCUGGUUUCUGCCCGCCAGAUGGCUGCAGGUUGUUCUCGUUGUUGCAGCGAUGAUAGAGACCAGCUUUGGUGCUGCUUUGAAGAAGAACGUCGUGGAUGAAACCCGUGGUGAGAUCAAAUCAACGAACAAGAUUGCAACGAACGAUACAGCCGCACGCAACGUAACUUCUGCCGGUGACUUCCCCGUCUGUACCUAUCACAAUGGCACACUCUCGCCCUUCUGCCUACCACACAACGGAGCGGAUGUCAUAGUGGAUGCGACUUACUAUGUUACUUGGAACGCCGACUUCUAUCCGUUGAACGCUACGAUCACGAUCGAAUUGCGAUACCCCAAUUCCACCGAAGGAGAUUCGGCUUUCACUUCGGAACGAACGGAUAACAGCUACGGAUACAUUCCCCUUCGCAUGCGCAAAGAAUGGCUCCAGGGCAAGCCACACAACGAAUUGACCCUCUACAUCAUCGAGCUGGAUUCAACCUCGGACCGGAGAGCUCGUGCUCGACAAGGACCGACUGUUGUGCUUCAUCCAAAACCAAAGGAACAUUACAAGCCCCCUCCUCCCCUGCCGUUCAACAGGCUAGCGCUGAUCAUCGGCUUGCCGGUCAGUGUAGGAGUGGUGGUUCUCAUCGUGGCUGGCCUGUUCUUUGGUAUGCGGAGAAGCAGACAGAUUGGGGUCGCACAUGCCAAGAGGUCUCGAGGCAAAGGCUAUGGAAUUGGAAAAUCACGGAAUGAGCGCCUGGGGCGAAGCAGACAUUCGAUGGACGACGAUGCGGAUGCUGCCCUGAAGAAGUAUUCUGACGCUGACGAGGACAUGUCGGAGAUUGCAGACUCUGAUCUAUAUCAUGAUCUGUACCGGUCUGGAAACUAUGGGUUCGACUCGCGAGUUGCAAAGCUCAAGAGCUGGAGUAAUUCGUAAAUUUCCUAGGGCUCUUAGGUUUGAUAUGUUCGGAAAGAAGGAUGUCGAGUAUGGUUUGAACGGUUUUGAUGAUUUGGUGAUAUGAUUAAUGAUCAGGUUGUCGUCGAGACGACUUAGCACUCUUUUUCUGUUUCCUGUUUUCGUUUAGUCUUUGUGAUUGUAUGCAUU